ACGCCCUCUCACACCCUCGCGAGCGAGUUUCAGAACGUUUCAGUUUUUUUCAAAGUGUUUUCGGGUGCCUCGAUCUUCUGUUAGAAGGGCUACCUCGAACUCGACGAAACUGUGAUUGUGUUGCUUCAUGAUUAUCGGAUUCCAUUAGCGUCCGAGAGAGAGAGCAAAGUAGAAAUGUUGUGCUGCGACACAGUCCGAGUAAAUAAUGGUCACUGGUUGUAAUGUUGUCAGACAUAUUCCUCAACCUUAUCGUAAUCGUUAUUUCAUCUUGCGCGGUCCAGACAACUUUUCAUCUGUGAAUUUUCUUCCCCCCCGAUGCCCCCGUAUCCCUCUAGUACUAGUUGUACAGUAGAUCAUCUUUCUUACAGCUGUUUUCUUGGCAGACAAAACCUCUUGUUCUUCGUCUCCCUGACCUAGCAUCCUGUGUUUUUCGAUGACAACGAGUAAACUAGUUUGUAAGCCGUUUCCUGUUACUAGGUACCAGUGGACUCAUCUUCUAGAAUCAAGAAGACAGAUUUGAGAUAGAAGGAAGUUGUAGAAGAAGCAGCUUGUCCGCCGUUUGAAACAACAACUGGUUUCGACACUAGUGCACGCAGAUCAUGUGGUCUGAGGAAUUGGGGCGCACACAAAAGAGACACAUCCAAGCUGGAAGCACGUUGGACGACUCAAAGGAUAGCAGCAAAAGUAUUUUUCGUUAAUCAGGACUAUUCGUCUGAUUUUGUCAUGCAAGAAAAGCAAAUACACAAGUGUUGACUUCAAACCUUGCUAUCAUCUGCACCAUUAGGUCGCGAGGUCAUUAGUACAGCAAGUAACGAGACGACUUCGAGCAACGGCCACGGCAGUGGUCACCCUGCUCCAAAUUUUUCUACUACAUCGAGCAGGUCGUCAACGACUGAAGAGGUUCCAAAAUCGAGGACACUACGCGCGGCGGCGCGUUGUAACAGACCGGCGAUGUGGGACGCAGAACGAUCAACCGGUCAGCUCGUGGGUAACGGCGAACUGACACAAACUUUACUCUUAUGGCGUGGUUAAGUAUUAAUUAAAUGUAUGUGCUUCUUUGCUCUCUGGUGUCGUCCUGCAGCUCGGCUCGUUUUGAAAGACUGCAUUUAUUUUUUGCUGCAUCUUGUUGGUAGCCUGAUGUGCAGGAGGGCACUUAUAUUGGGUACUAUGGAUAAGUAGUGUGAUUUGGACUACAUCAGGCAUUCAUCUAUUCUAAUAACCGAAGCAGCGCAAGAACCUGCAGGCGGCGUGGCUGACAAUCUUGCCACGUCUGGAAAUUUGAAAAGUAUUAUAAUUAUGCAAGUUUUGAGUAGCUAAAGCUAAAACUACUACAACGACUAGUGUAUGAAGAUGAAUGUAAAAACAAUAUUGACCUUGACGGAAUUCGCAUGGAAGAUCAAAGCCAAACGUAGAGGUAGUGCUAGAAUGAUUUGGUAGACGAUCUAUCACGCCACCUUCCACCACAACCGCAACAGGUGAUGCAGGUGAGGAAACAACAGCUUCCUCAAAGAUGCGUCCGCUUCAGCUUAGUGGGCAUCGAACUCCGCUUGAUGAUGGCUAUCGAAGUGAGCCACCUCCGCUUGCUAGCCACCGAAGUGAGCAGAACCAGAUUGUACGCGACCAUAGUCCUGGAAUCUGGUCAUUACGAGCCGCCGACACCUCGUCCUCACCGUUAUGAUGGAAUCAUUUACAAUUUGAAUUUGCAUUAAGAAGUGCUUUUAAUAGAGCAAUAUGGGAUGAUAGACUAGUCUAAAACCAAACCUACAUUUAUCUACUGUGUGUUGGUUCAACAUCGUUCCAUUAAAAACGGGUAAUUUUUCUCUGAGGAAGUAGAAAGAAACGAUGUGGAACAACAAGAUCAUCAAGUAACAAGUAGGCAUAGCGAGCACAUUCAUUUCCAUCUAGAGAAUGAAGACCGUGUAAGGAAAAUAUACACAAAAUUUGUCUAAGUCCAGAAAGCGCGCGGCUAAGGGACCACAUGGUCGCAGACGAGAAUGAAGUUCCACUAGGAAUGAGUGAUACAGAUUGGGGUGCCAUGGAGUCUAGAAACGCCGCUGCUCGGAGGAGGAAUCGCGGUGAGGGCGAGGACGAGGAAAUGUAUGCCGUUUUGCGAGGCUUUUUCAAUCAAUACGUCGCCAUGAGUUGCCUGCAGCUAGUUUCGGUAUUCGCGAUAAUCACGGUCGAUGUGGGAACACUUGGGGGCCUGCUGCAGAUUUCGCCACGGGGGGAACUCUGGUUUGCCCAGCUCGAUUUUUUCACAUUAUGAAAUGGCACUGAAGAUAAAUCUUCCACGACAACUAGCGAUAGCAAAGGGCCUGAGGUAGAAGCAGUAGGACACCAUCAUUGAGUGAUUUGCGUAAAAUUAAUAAGUAGAAGAACAAGCGUCGAGGGUAAAAGCUCGAAUAGAAAUCACCCGACACCCGAGCUGCAUCCCACUUCUAUCUUGAUUACGAUGUCUUCAGACGAAAGAAAACGGUCUCUAAUGCAUUUGGUGAUGUUCACGAUUGAGGUUUUGGUAAACAUUUGGACCUACGGGAAGCGAUUCUUUCAUUCCGGGAUACACAAGUUUGACUUGUUGGCUGUUACGCUAUCGGACGUGUUCUACUUCGCAACCUACUGCACCGACAUCUUCGGCACCAAGAGUAGCGUGGAGCGGGAAGAGGUGACGGUCGAUAUUCUCCGCUCGUUGCUUCGCAUUGUGCGGCUAGCAGUGGUGGUUGUGCGGCUGAAUGACGCGCUUCAUGGGCCCAUGGAAAAUUUACACACGCGAAUGCGCGCCGUGCACAGAGCUAAUAGCAAAUUAGGAUUCUGA